AUGCCCAUAUAUAUAUAUUUGUAUGUAUGCCGCUCCCUUUAUCAUACACACACACACACACACACACAGUCGCUGAUCAAUUUUCGAGCACGCAUCGCUCAGUCACUCGUUGCGUGGCGUCUUCACUUUUUUCCCCAAUUCGUUGCGUUCACUGCCUUGACUGCCGUGGCGAAUGGUCUGUUGUCUGCCGGCCUGCCACUGACUUGGCCCGUGAUUGGAGCAGGCUUGCCUCCAGGUGUAAUGCUCUCUGUCGACUAUGGAUUCGGCACCUCCGUGAAGAGAAGCGGACACGGCAGUUGCUGGUGCGCCGCACUGGGCGGCAUUGUUCAGUUCGGCGGGUGGCCGCCAAGCGAACUGCUGGCUGAGGUGGUACGGUCCGAGGGAUCUAGUUGCCCCCUCUUCGUGCUGCCGGUAACGACCAUCGCGCGUCAUGUGCACCGCGCAGAUCAGCGUCGCGGGAUAGACGCCUUCGAUGUUGCUUUGGCGCCGCACCGUCAGCGCAGGCUGCGAAGGCUGUGCGAGAUUGCCAGCGGGGUGGCAGCAUCCGAGUGCAGCGGGACGCUGCGCAACUUCCAGGGAAGGCGCUUCUCAAGGCCGGGCUGUGCCGCCGACAUGGAGGAUAAGGACGGCGAUAUCCUGGGAGAGAGCUUUAGCGCGUCGUCCUCCGGACCCAGCUCCCUUUCUUCAACGACGGAGGAGUCGAACGAGCGCGGGUUUGAGUAUGAUGAGGGUUACGUAAGCGAACAGGGGGUGGAGAACGAGGCCGACCAGAGCAGGGGUAGCUCUGUGGACACCUCGCCGUCCUUGUCGUCUUCCUCAAGGAGGAGGAGUGGACACGGCAUCGAUGCGCGACAGACGUUACACCUCCACCCCGCCGCCGCGUCGGACGGAGUCGUCGCCGAUGCGGUGAACGAGGUCGUGGUGCCACCAAUCACCGUUGAGCUGCUGCGCCAGGUGGGCCUCGAGGCGGGCGACCGCAUAGCACACAGCACCCCUGCAUCUCCGUCAGCGGCCGCGUCACAGGACCACAUGAGCGUGAGCCCCAGCACUCACACUGACCACGUCAAACUUGCCCUCCGAGACCUCACGAAGGGACGCAAGGCUGGUCCUGGCAUGGACAAGGAGGCGCCUUCAGUCCAGGCUGACACACGCGAGGUGCGCGGCAAGCACACGGUGCGGCCGCUUCGGUGGAGGAUGAUUCGGCCGCCGGUGGCGCCACGCUCACGGCAUGGGCACCAUCUCGUCUCCUGCGGGGAGCGCCUCUACGUGAUCGGUGGCAGCUACUGGGCUCAUGGCAACGCGCUGGCGUCGACGGACAUGAUGUACGAUGUGUGCACGGGCGCCUGGCAGCAGAUUUCUUCUCUCUUCCCUCAGCGCUUCUGCGCGGCAUUGGCGAAAAGCAACGCCGUCCCCGCGACGCCGUUGGCGAUGCGAGCUUUGCCUUCACCUAGGCAUCUCGUGGAAGAGGCUGUCGAGGGGGGCGCUCUCACAACCAGGGCGGCGAGUGCGGGCGACGAACAUCAGGUGUUGUACUACUUCGGCGGCUUGAGCUACUCGCAUCAGCUGAUGAACACCCUCCAUCGUCUCUGGCUGCCGCAGGAGGUGUUGGAGGAACUGCCUCAAUACGGUGCAGUGCCACGAGCGCAGUUCAAGGGGAUUCUCGUGUGCGACGUGCAGCGUGAAUGCACCCCCGAUGAGCGUAAACGUGGCGAAGAGGCGACAGGACGACUCCUCUACAUGGAUGGCUUUCAGGAUGGACGCCCAAUGGCGCCAUAUCUGCGAGUGUACAACUUGGCAACAGGGGUAUGGGUGCGUGUGUGCCCCUCGCCAGACCUCGUGCGCAGCCAGAUCUCACUGCUUCAGUACGAACUCGUGGACGCAGUGAGCGAGGGGCUCGCUAACGAGGCAGCGCUGUCGACGCCCGUGCCGUCUGUGAAGCGAGAGAGCGAUCAAUCAAUAAAGUGGCAUGCCACUCGCCUUCGACGGUUCGAGGUGUUGGGCGGCAUGCCGGCUCGCCACGGCAAGCAGCGCCGCUCUCGCAUGUGCUACUCAUUCGACACAGUGCAGAUGCGCUUCGACUACUCGCACGCGCUGCCGGUACCCGGGCUGACAGCGCACUGUGUAGUGCUAUUACCGUCUCCUGGUACGCCCAGCGCUGUUGCAGCUCUCCACUCGUCGGUGAAGAGCGGGGAGGACAGGCGAACAUUGGCGGACGGCACCACGCUCUUGAGCGCUUACCAGGCGGCCCUUCGAGUGCUACGCGAGCGGUGUGGUGCGUGGUCACUGUGCUGUGGCGGCAACGAGGACUGGAGCGAUGCCGAGCAGAACAGCCUCGGGGAGCCGGUGGGGUGGCUUUACUUGCUGGCACCACGCAGGAUUCCUCUUGCCGAGGCAGCUCGGGUGCAGAUGGAGCGGCUGCCUAUCCAAUCGAAGGUGCUCACGAUGGAAAGAGAUGAGCUUCUCGGCACACUCUUUUAA